UGGAUGGAGGGAGAUAGAGAGACACUGCAGAAGAACGGACGGAGCUCGGCAAAGGGGUUUGAGAAGAGAGGAACAUCAAAAUUAAAGCGCUCUCAACUAUUUUUGCAAAUAUUUUUAUUCGUAUUUAGUUAGGUGAAGAAUUAUACGCCUCUUGGAGAAAUAGACUAACAAAUCAGUCGGGACGAAUUUAAAAUUACGUCUUGUAGGCUAUUUUUCGAAAAGCUCAUUAAACAAUGAGUUCACUGUAGUUAAACUCAAACGGGGGGUAUGGCGAAUUUAGAGUUCGGAUCUCAACAGUCAUGUUCCGGCGGCGAUUCUCCAGCGAUGGAAUUCGAGAAGGAUAAAGAUUCUGGACAUCACGGUCGGUGCAAAACCGGCUCGCCACCGCUGCAAACUCGGCUCUCCCAACAGGGUAUGGAGGGAAUUAAAGUUUAUUUGCACGAGCGAGAUCUCUGGGCGAAAUUUCAUGAUGUCACAACAGAGAUGAUCAUCACCAAAGCUGGCCGACGAAUGUUUCCCAGCUACAAAGUGAAGGUAACAGGCUUAAACCCCAAAGCAAAAUAUAUCUUACUGAUGGACAUUAUUUCAGCCGACGAGCAUCGGUAUAAGUUUGCAGAUAACAAAUGGUCUAUCAGUGGUAAAGCUGAGCCGGCGAUUCCAGGGCGACUGUACGUUCACCCAGACUCUCCAGCUUCAGGAGCUCACUGGAUGAGACAGCUCAUCUCUUUCCAGAAACUCAAACUCACCAACAACCACCUGGACCCUUUCGGACAUAUAAUUUUAAAUUCCAUGCAUAAAUACCUGCCUCGCCUGCACAUUGUGAAGGCAGACGAGAGGAACAGCUUUGGCUCCAGCAAUACAAGUUUCUGCACACACUCAUUUCCUGAGACAACCUUCAUCGCUGUAACUUCCUACCAGAACCACACAAUAACUCAGCUGAAGAUUGAAAAUAAUCCAUUUGCUAAAGGUUUCCGUGGAAAUGACGAUAUCGAAUUGCAUCGCAUGUCCCGUACUCCAAGUAAGGAGUAUCCACUUGUACCACGUAGUACUGCAAGGCAACAUGUAUCUCCACCCUCUCCUGACUCCUGUCUCUCUCGGUCAGAAUACACUUUAACACAAAAACCCAGUCCUGGCUAUACCUGCUCUGAUAUUUCAGGUGACCACAACCUCAAUGAAACCCCUCCCACUCAUGACCCCACCUACCACCUCUUCACCUACCAGCUCUCUCCGGAGGUGACCCCUGUUCACAGCGCCUCCUGCAGUAUGGACACCACACAGCACCAGCCUUGCAUGUAUGGAAGCUCUCAGGCGGGCUUGGAGGAUAUCAGGUGGGCAUCGUAUACAGACAGCACAACUUACCAAAGCUUUUCUUCAGCUAAAGAAAUGGGUGGGACAUUUUGUCCCCCCACUGACCUCUCUCAGGAACUGUAUCCACAAUACACCUGUGAGGUGGGUGUCCAGUCACACUGCCUGAUGACUGAUUUCUCGCUUUAUGGUUGCAAUCGAUCAUUCAGCCAAAACCAGCAACCAAACAGCUGGUGUGGGGGGAGCUGAGCAAGGGUGUCUAAUGUGUGUGUGUGUGUGUGUGUGUGUGAGAGAAAGAGAGAGAAAGAGAAGGGAAACGA